CACGCGGACGUCGAUCGUAUAAUAUAAAAUUAUAUUCAUGUGUAAAAGAUGGAUAAUUCGCAAAAAUUUGUUUUACCUUCCCCGAAUUUUCAUAAAAAAAUGGAAUCACCUUUAACAGUGAGGCCUCACUUUCUCACUCCAUCUGGAAUGACCUUACAUGCACGCCAUCAGCCACCGCCAAUGUAUGGAAAGCGGGGACCCACAUACCCUUCAAAAUACCUUCAAACGGCAAAUAAAAAUAAAUUUAUUAAAGUAGAGGCUGCGCAAACCGAAGCUGUUGAGCCUGAAUAUUGCGAAGCUUGCGACAUGGAGUUACAGUCCAAUGAUGAUCUACGACUACACAAAUUACAACAUGAGAAAUGUCCAGUAGAUAAUUGUAACUAUCGAGGACAUCCAUCAGUAAUGGACAAACACGUUGCAACACUUCACAGUUCUGGUUUAUUUGACAAAUUCAAAAAGCUAAGCUCGCCUGAGGAAAUUGCUGCUUGGCGUGAAGAACGGAAAAGAAAAUAUCCCACAUUAGAAAACUCUUUAAUGAGGCAACGUGCUAGGGAGCAGCGUGAGAAGCGUGGUGAACGUCUUGAAGCCCAUAAUAGUCGGUUUGGAAAGCAAGAGGAUCGUAAACGGGCGCAAAAAAGUCUUUGCUCUGAAACGAAUCAAAUAAAACACAAUCAGCAACAAAAACUAAAAGGUCAGAAUGGUAUUGAAAAAAGGAAACGCAAUAAUAAUAAACGCCGUAAAAAGGAAGAAGUUAAAAAACUCGAGGAGAAAAAGCAAAAUGAUGUCAUAGCAAAUAUAAAAUCAGCAAGAAAUGCAGUUGUGGAAGAAAAUAUCCAAGAAAACGAUAUAAGUUGCGAUGAUAUUAUGAUGUUUAAAGGAACAAGUAAAUUGGCCAAUUAUCACCACGUUAAGCCGAAAAAACCGAAAGAAACGAACAUAUUGAGCAGCCUACUUGGAAUGUAUGGAUCGGAUGAAGAUUCUGAGAAUGACUACAGCAAUAAUGAAAUGGAUGAUAAUGACACAGAUAAUUUAAUUGACGACAAAUUAAAUAAGACAAUUGGUACUGAUACAUGUGCGAGGGAUAAUGGACUGUUAAUAAAUCCUAUAGGAAAAUCUCCACCUCUACUCCCAGUAAAAUCGCUGAAUGUUGAAAAAUUAGAAGACACAGAAUCAGGAAAUUUCGCGAGGGUAAACUGCCAUAAGCCUUUGGAAAACAUCGAUAUAGUGACUAAUUCCGAUACAACUGAAGAAACCGUCAUCGUAACAGAAAAAAGCGAAAAUGUUAGCGAUAAUUCGGUUGAUACUGUUCAAAGCUUGAAGCCACAAAAUGCAGAUUUACUCUGUUCAGAUGAUGAAGCACCGGAGGAAGCGCCAAUAGCUCGCUCAACUGAUCUGCCGAUCUGUACGAAAUCUUCACAACAAAAUGUGCGAAGAAAUAAUGGAGCAAGUAAUGAUAAUAAUCAGCAAUCCACUAACAGAAUUAAAAAAGCGGAUCAAGUAACUAGAAUUAAUAAGCAACAAUCUGGGCUAGAUUAUCGAAAAGCACGUUUGCGGAAACAAAACACAUUGUUGGAAAAACUACUAGAGCCGGACAUUCGGCACGAACGAAAUGUGCUAUUACAAUGCGUGCGUUAUGUUUGCGAAAAUAACUUUUUCGGUAUAGGCGAAAAAAAGUUAAACUGACUUAUUAGUGAAGUUGUACAAAAUAAUGCAAACUAAGUUUUAUUUUUAAUAAAUUCUUAUAAUAAGUGCUUAGAACGAA